AUGUGGGACCCGCACGACGGCAUGGUGACCUUCUCGGGCGCGCACCUGCUCGACUCGGAGCCCAAGCUCCCGUGCGCGCCCGACGACUCCCCGCGCGACGGCCGCGCGUUCGCCGACGACCAGUCCUCCCUCGCCCUCACCGACGUCGCCCUCGUCCGCACGCCGCGCAUCGCCGUCGAGCGCGCCUCCGACGACUCGCACACGCUCCUCGCGGACGACGAGGGCGCGCACGUGUACGCGCGAUACCCGCACCCGCCGCAGUACCCGGGAUGCCACUCCGCCGGGGCAGACUCGUUCGCGUUCGCGCAGCACGCGAUGGACGCCUGCCCGACCCUCGACUCGCGCUCCUUCCUCGGGCUCGGGACCCCCGGGCCUGCGGGCGGCGGCCGGAUGCCGGACUCGCCCGCGGCGGCGUCGUCGAUGGCGCUCGCGUCGAUCGCGAACGUCGCCGCGCCCUGCAGCCGGCGGACGCGCCUGCCCAACGCGCUCGGACGGCUCUCGGAGCAGAUCCGCAACAGGCGGAUGGCGCUCCGGGUCGACACCACGGUUGACCUCCAGUUCGAGCUCGAGCGGGAGGUAGAGCUGGAGACGGAGAUGCAGAUGCAGCGGCAGAGGGAGGAGGAAGAGGAGAAGGAAGAGAAGGAUACAGACACGGGGGUUGAGGUCGUCGAGCUCAGUGGCCGCUUCGACGGACGAUACGCGGGGCGGAUGCGCGGGCGGGCGGUGCCUAUGCCUUGCGACUCGGACAGCGACGUGACGGACGAGGGCUUCUGCGAGGUCCUGCGCCUCGCGCGUCGGUCGGGGAGCUCCCGCAGCUGGGAGCACGUCAACAACAUGUCCUCCGCGUUCUCAGUGACGACGACAUCAACGGAUCAGUACAUCGAAGUCGACCUCCCCCCGUGGCUGGCCGCGAACCCGCCCACGCCCUCCCUCACCCCCGGAAGCCGCCGCCACCGCCGGCUGCACCCCGUCGACAGCGCCGCGUGCUCGACCGCCGCCUCUACCGCCUGGUCCACCCUCCGCGACGCCGACCGCCAGAUAUGCUUCAACGUCCCGCUCGCGACCGGUCGCCGGCUGAAGAAGACGCGUGCCCCCCGCACGCCGUCUCCCCCUCCUCCCCUGCCCGCAUCGCGCCGCCCGCCGCCGACGCGCAGCCAGACCGCACCACCCGCCGCACCGCCGGCGUCCGCCGCCCCUCCCCCGACGUCCGCUACGAUGGUGAAGCGUGUGGUGCGCAGCGUCGGGAGCCCGGUCCCGCUCUCGAGCACGUCGGGCUCGAGCCGGACGAUGGUCGCUUCGCCCGUCGCGCCGCCGGCGGACCCGGCGGAGGUGCUCGCGCGGCGGUACUACAACCACGCGCCGUGCCCGCAGUCAAGCGGGAGCGAGUCGGACUGCGGGCAGCCGGGUUCGCCAGCUGGCUCGGACUCGGUGCACGGGCACGGGCCGUCGUCGUUCGUGGGCUGUGGUGGGGCUCCGGCGCGGACCGUCGUCCGCAAGAAGUCGUUCUUGCAUCGCGUCGUGGAGAACUGCAGGCGGGGCGACGAGGGCGAGAAAUGGGUGUAUGUGGAGGUGGAGCAUAGGGUGACGCAGAAGGUGUGCGCGGUCGCGGUCUGA